GGUCCAAUGAGAGUUGCGGAUGAUGCGACAUGCCAUCUCACUUCUCUGUCUGCUAGAAGCGUGAGGACGGUCUGGAGUGUAACGUGGGGCUGAGGAGUGAAAAUGGAUAGAAAAAAUGAAAAGAGUGAAGCCAAAGGCAAAGGAGGAAAUAAACCUUUCCAGUCUGACAAACCAGAGGGCUUUUUACAAGUAGAAAGAAUACCGAAUUUCAACCUCCUGCCCAAGACCGUAAAGAGAAGAGUUUAUGCCCUAAAGAGGCUCCAGCUCCAGAGUGCCAACAUAGAGGCGAAGUUCUACGAAGAGGUCCAUGAGCUAGAGAGGAAGUAUGCUGGGCUUUACCAGCCUAUCUUUGACAAGAGACGGGAGAUUGUGACGGGUGCUGUUGAACCCACAGAUGAGGAAUGUGAAUGGCAAAGUGACAAGGAGGAAGACGAGCUUGCUGAAGAUUUGCAGAAAAAAGCUGCUCUGGAGGAGAAGAAAGCAGAUUCAGCCAGCGCCGUUGAUCCGAAAGGAAUCCCGGAGUUCUGGCUCACCAUCUUUAAACAUGUGGAUAUGCUUGGAGAAAUGCUGCAGGAGCAUGAUGAGCCAAUCCUGAAACACUUGCAGGACAUCACUGUGAAAUUUUCUGAGCCUGGACAGCCAAUGAGUUUCACGUUAGAGUUCCACUUUGAGCCCAACAGCUUCUUCAGUAACUCGGUCCUCACUAAAGUCUACAAGAUGAAAUCGGAGCCAGAUGCAGUAGAUCCGUUCUCUUUCGAGGGGCCGGAGAUCGUGGACUGUGAAGGUUGUAAGAUUGACUGGCAAAAAGGCAAGGAUGUGACAGUCAAAAUUGUUAAAAAGAAGCAGAAACACAAAGGAAGAGGGACCAUUCGGACAGUCACCAAAGAGGUUCCACAAGAUUCAUUCUUCAACUUCUUCAAUCCGGUUAAAGCUUCGCCUGAUGGAAUGGAUGAAGACUUGGACUUCACUCUAGCUUCAGAUUUUGAGGUUGGACAUUUCUUCCGGGAGAGGGUCAUUCCCAGAGCCGUGCUUUAUUUCACAGGAGAGGCCUUAGAAGACGACGAGAGUUUUGAAGAGGAGGAUCUUGAAGAGGGAGAGGAGGAGGACCUGGAUGAGGAAGGUGAAGAAGAGGAUGAGGGAGAUUUUGACCCCACGGCAUAAUUCAUUUCUCACUUCAUGCAUUUCUAGAAAGAGCCUCCUCCUACAGAGUGCAAACAGCAGUAAGACUCGUGAACAGACAGCCACGGCACAACUCGGCUGUCCAUCAGACAAUUAGACGAUGUGGAUGCAGACCUAAUUUCCUCGUGGACUCGCUACACUAAUGCAAUAGGAAACCAAACGCUGUUUAGGAAAUGCAUGUUUGUUUAUUUCUCUACUGUUUACUUUUACAGAGAUGACCUCAAGUGUUCUCAUUCAUAAGUCGUGUGAUAUCGCGUCCCAAAAUUUAGCAUAAUGUAUAAAGUACUACAUUUUUCUUUUGACUAAGAAACCUUUUCUAUAUUCAAAAUGUUUGCCUAGUGUGUGUGAGGUCUAGCAAAGAUGCCAUAUGUGUUUUGAAUUCUUAACGUCUGUAUGCAACCAUGGCCAUUUUUUGCAACAUAGCAGGUUUAUGGACACUCCCCAGAUGAUAUGAACGUCCAGUGUAGCAUCACUCAGGGUUUUUUGCCAACAAAAUGAACCUGCUGUCUUCUGGAAUUUGACAUAACUGAAAUGUCCGACAACGCUGUUACAAUGUAGUUACUAAAGUGUUUUGAUGUGGAUCGUCCUGCUCAUUGGUAGCUGAACGAUGUGGAUUGUGGUAAUAAAUACUCAUGAUUUGUCUCCAGGGUUGGGCAUCAUCGAAUUCCCAAUCCUUGCGUGACGUAAAGCAUAUCCAUGCCGUGCACGUUGACAUGAGAUUUCAACCAUAUUUUAUUUCGCCAUGUGGUUAUGUGUCGAGUUGCUUGCAUUCAUGCACAGAAUUGCAUCAGUUACAGUAUUGAGAAUGUUAAUAAGCAGAUCUUAAAGCCAUUGCAGGUUCACCCUCCGUUUUAACUGUGUGCAAGCCGUAGCCUUAUCUGGAACUUCUUUGGUUUGUAAUGCAGCAUUGUUUCCAUUUUUGUACAAAAUAGACAAAAAGAUUCUAUUAAAUGUUGUGCGACAUGA